GUGUACAGCAGUGAAAUUACAUUGUUCCUUCAUAGACGUAGAGAAAUCAAAAGCAUGGUUACUGUUGCCAAGGAGCUUAAAAUCUAGAUGUGAACAGUGGAAGUGUGAGCCCCAACUUGUAUAUGAGCUCCCUGAGAGGCUACCUUCUUCUCUGCUGAAUCCCCAGAGCUUUAAGUAGUACUUGCCAUAUGAUAGAGUCCUCAAAAAUUAUUUGUGGAAUGAAUCGAGAUCAAACAGCAUAUAGUGAUAUAUCAUCAAGUAUUAAAACUGUAAGAGUAGAAGGAGAUCAGAGAGAAGAGUGAAGAAGACUUGAUGAAGAUGGUGACUUUGAGCAGAGCCACAAAGUGUUACAGAUUUCGAAUGGGUGGUGGAGGAGAGAGGAGUGGGCAAACAGGCAAGGAGAAAAGAUGAGAAAGGAACCCGUGGGCAGGUGUCAGUGCCCGUGUCACCGCCACGUUGCGGACAUGGGGAUUUCAGAAACUAUGGAUAUACUCUUCAGAAUAAGAGGAGGCCUUGAUCUGGCUUUUCAGCUAGCUACUGCUAAUGAACUUUUUAUCAAGAAGGCACUAAAACAUGUGUUAAGUGAUCUGUCUACCAAGCUUUCUUCAAAUGCACUUGUGUUCAGAAUUUGCCACAGUUCGGUGUAUAUAUGGCCCAACAGUGACAUAAACACCAUUCCAGGAGAACUGACUGAUAGCUCUGCUUGUAAGAACGUAAUGCGCUUUAUUCAAUUUGAGCAGGAAGAAGAUAUAAAACGAAAAUUCAUGAGAAAGAAAGACAAAAAGUUAUCGGACAUGCAUCAAAUAGUAAAUAUAGAUCUUAUGCUGGAAAUGUCAACCUCUCAGGCAGCUGUGACUCCCAUCAUCGAAAGGGAAAACGGAGGACACCAUUAUGUUAAUAUGACUUUACCAGUUGAUGCAGUUAUAUCUGUUGCUCCAGAAGAAACAUGGGGCAAAGUUCGUAAACUUCUAGUUGAUGCAAUUCAUAAUCAACUAACUGAUAUGGAAAAAUGCAUUUUGAAAUAUUAAGGAACAUCUAUUGUGGUCCCUGAACCACUGCACUUUUUAUUACCAGGGCAAAAAAGUCUCGUAACAAUUUCAUAUCCGUCAGGAAUUCCAGAUGGUCAGCUUCAGGCCUAUAGAAAGGAGCUACAUGAUCUCUUCAAUCUGCCUCAUGACAGACCUUAUUUCAAAAGGUCUAAUGCUUAUCACUUUCCAGAUGAACCAUACAAAGAUGGUUACAUUAGAAAUCCACAUACUUAUCUUAAUCCACCUAACAUAGAAACUGGUAUGAUUUAUGUGGUCCAGGGCACAUAUGGCUACCAUCAUUACAUGCAGGAUCGGAUAGAUGACAACGGCUGGGGCUGUGCUUAUCGAUCUCUGCAGACGAUCUGCUCUUGGUUCAAACACCAGGGAUACACAGAGCGGUCCAUUCCAACACACAGAGAAAUCCAGCAGGCUCUAGUUGAUGCCGGUGAUAAACCAGCAACAUUUGUCGGAUCACGGCAAUGGAUUGGAUCUAUUGAGGUACAGCUGGUACUAAACCAACUGAUUGGUGUAACUUCAAAAAUACUGUUUGUCAGCCAAGGUUCAGAAAUGGCCUCUCAAGGACGAGAACUGGCUAAUCAUUUCCAGACUGAGGGAACGCCGAUUAUGAUCGGAGGAGGAGUUUUGGCCCACACAAUACUCGGAGUUACAUGGAAUGAGAUAACAGGGCAGAUAAAAUUUCUGAUUCUAGAUCCACAUUAUACAGGAGCUGAAGAUCUACAGGUUAUUUUGGAAAAGGGCUGGUGUGGAUGGAAGGGUCCAGACUUUUGGAACAAGGAUGCUUACUAUAACUUAUGCCUUCCUCAGCGACCAAAUAUUAUUUAAAGUGUCUUGGAGUCUAAGACUGCAGUAAAGUGGUAUUGUAAAUUUAAUAAAGAAUAAGUUUAAUUUCAGAUUAAA